GCCGUGUGUGCUGAAUGGUUAUCGUGCACUUAUGUUCCAAGGGAGAACACGGUUUACCAAUCGCGCCGCGUCCACGAACGACGAACGUAGAGAAGAAAUUGAAGAGAACGAAAAAUAAAAUAAACAACGAUAUAUAUAUAAUAUUCAUUCGCACCUCGAGAGUCUAGGCAAAACGCGCGCUUGUGAAUGGUAUUCGUGUCAGUUGAGAAAUGGCCAGUCAGCAAACGCGGUCAGCUUUUAAGCUGACAUCGAUUGCAACGAACAGUGUACUGAAUUCAAUAACACGUUUAAUCAUUCGAUUACAAAUGCAUUCGGGAACAUUGUUUUGGGUAUGCGUUUUAUUUGGUAUCCGAAGCACAAUAUCAAUAUCAUAUUCAUCGGAUUACGAUGAAUCGAUUGUGUUGCCGAAAUUCGGUGAUCGAAUAUCGCCGCGAACUCGUACAUUUAUUGAAGUGGAAAAAUUAAGAACAACGAAUAAUAAUAGCAACAACAAUAACAACAACAAAUUUUCCGCCGACAUAAAUUCAAUGUCGAACCCUAACUAUAGCGCCGAUAAUCAUAGUAAUAAUAACGUAAAUAGCAAUAAUAGUAAUAAGACUGAACAUGGUUUUAAUUUAAAUGCAUCAAGUUGGAGUGGUAGUGCAAUUGAUUCAAAUAGUGGAAGUAAUAGUGUAUCGGUAUUAAGUUACAAUGAAAACAGUACAAAUGGACCAACGAACAGGCAUAGUAAACAUUUGCAACAGGCACCACCACCACCACUGCCGCCGAUAACAACAACAACAACGACGACGACAAAAAAAUUCGCCACCACAUUGCAAUACAACAAUAAUCAUAGUAAUAAUAAUCAUAAUCGUAAUAAUAAUAAUAAGAAUAUUAAUGUCUAUAAUAAUGAUAAUAGUAAUGAUAAUGGUGCGGAUAGUGUUGAAUUUGAUGUGAUCGAUAGCGAAAAUGAUAUCUUUAAUGCGUUGCUUCGUCAGCAUAAAAGUUUAAAUGUCGGUGCAAAUGAUGCGUACAGUGAACCAAGUGUUGAGAAUAAUUUGUGCAAUAAUAAAAGUGAACCAUGUUCAAAUGGUGGUGUGGUGCAAAAUGUUGGUGCAAAUUCUGAUAAUGAAUUAAGCAAUGAAAUCGAUUUACGAAAUGGUAAUUCCACAUCGGCACAAGCCCAUCGUCUUGAAAUGUCAACCGAGUUUUUUGUGGUGCCCACAUCGUCGUCCACAAUUCCAUCGCAUCACUUACCUGGCGGUAUUAUUCUACCGAGUCGUCCAAAGAGCCAAGCAUCAAUAGUGCCGCCAUUAAGCCAUAGUCGCUUACUUAAGAAUUCGUCACAGCCGACAAUAGUCAGUACACAUCAUCAUCAUUCGCUUGGUUUGCGUAAAGAACCUUGGGUUGUGCCAGUUCUUGUACUCACCUCACUCGUCAUGGUAAUGAUGGCCGCUUUCGAGAUAUUUGUAUUGUGCAAAGCAUGGCAAACAUCGCCUAGUCGGCGACAUCUUUUCUUGGGUCAAAUGCUAUUAUUGGGCUUAUUUUUGUGCGCUUGUUUGGCAGCUGUUUUAACCGUAACACCGACCGUUUUUGCCUGUGGUUUGGUGCGUUUUGGUUCGGGUGUCGCAUUCGCUUUGGUCUUUGCAUCGUUAUUAGUGAAAUGCGUUUUCUUAAUUAGCCUAAAUAGUGGUGUUUAUUUGCCGGCACCGUAUCAAGGUCUAUUACUGUUAUUUGCUGUAUUAAUUCAAGUGGCAAUCGGUGGACAAUGGUUACUUACAACACCGGCCGAAGUUGAAGCGGUUUCAGUACCGUUGCGACACGGUCCAUUGAGCCUGACCCACCAUUCACUAUUGCUUACCGCACAAGAUAUAUCCAUGACCACGACAAUACCAUUGUGCAAGACCCAUUUCACCGAUUUACUCUAUUCAUUGGUUUAUGUCAUUUUUUUGAUAUUAUUCGUUGCUGUGCUGGCCAUCAAAUCGCGACGCAUUCGAGAAAAUUACCGAGAAGCAACAUACAUUGGCUUGGCAAUAUGCGGUUCAAUACCCAUUUGGCUGGGAUGGACACUAUGCGGAUUGGCCGUUGCCGAUCGACACAAAGACGCUUGUCUUGCAUUUGGAUUAAUCGCAACAUCGGCCACAGUUUUCCUGGUUAUGUUUAUGCCAAAAGGUCGACAAUUGGCAGCGAUGGGAAAAGAAGGCCUAUUUACUGCAGAUCGUGACGAGCAAUUGAGUUCUCUUAGUCGCACCGGAUCUGGUUAUUCACCAUCAUUUUUCCACUUUAAACCGAUCAAAUACGGAGUUAUGGGAAAUAAUCUUGCAUCAAACACCAACACCGUGAACAAUACAACGAUAAAGCAUCAAGCCGUCGCUUCAUUGGGAAACGAAUGUGCACUGCAUGCAUAUUCGUAUUAUUUCAUAUUGCCACAAAAUGUGCAUUAUAUGAUGCCAUCACCACAGUAUCCGCAAUAUUAUUACCAAUGUCAGCGCACGAAAUCACAUCAAAAGCAGCACAAAGAUCAUUGUCAUCACUACCAACCACAACAUCAACCAUAUGCAUACCAUCAUCUUGCACAAUAUCACCCAGGCUUGUUCAUACGUCCAACGGAUGAGAAUAAUUUGUAUACAACGCUUGAGCCGACAAUGAGCAGCAAUCCAAAUGUAUACUUUCAACGUGGCGGAAACGUUCAUCCUGGCAUGAUGUAUUGAUUUAAUGUGACCAGCCACAUCUGAUGGAGAGAAAUAGAGAUCGUGAUUAAUCUCAUAUCGUAUAAUAAGUGAAUAGCCAACGGAAUAAUUAAAUUAAAUCUAGAAGAGAAAAACAAAAACUUAAACAAAAAAAAA